AUGGCGAGGGGGGCGGAGGGCGGCGCGGACGCGCAGGGGGAGGAGGAAGAAGAACGCGUCGCUGGCUGCCGUUUAGCUUCCUUUCCUGCCACAGCAAAGAAAAGGGGGGUGGACAAGGCGCGCGAGAGAGGGGUGAGAAUCUGAUCUCUUUAAGACCCAGCGGGAAUUUUCUCUCGGGUUUGCCCCCCCUCCCUUCUCUCUCUCCCCUCCUCUCUUCCCCCAACCUUAUCAUUAUUAUAUUUUUAAUUUAUUUUCUUUAGGAGCGACAGGCUGCGCCGUUCGCAGAAGCGCCGGGUCUCCGCCACCAUCGGGCUGCAAAGACUGAGAGAGCGACCAGAAACAAGAGGAGGAAGAAGAAGAAGAAGAAGAGAGGGAGGCAAAGGGAUGAAGGGGAGGCGUAA